AUGCGUGGUAUCCGGCCACGACAACAAACCCUGCGACCUGUGCAACCUUCAACGUUUUGGAGACAUUUCGCUUCCUGCGCUCCAUCGCAAAACAUCAAUGUCCAAGACUAUGUGCGCACGUUGGAGAAGUUGACGGAUUCAACCGGACUGGAAAAGGUCCCAGAUCGUCGCGUUGCUUUCGGUCGAAUGGCUCGACAAUACAGCUAUCUUAAAAUGAUGAAGCGUGGAGGUCGCGGGCAUGAAGCCAAUGGAAUUGUAACUACGCCGCCAGGGGCGUUGGCUGUGCGUUGCUGGGCAUGCCCAGAUGCUUCUCGUAACUUGCCUUCCGGAUGGGACAAGGUUCCGGAGUCGAAGGCAUACUUGUAUAAGCUCAUGUUGGCAUUCGAUGCCAAUUUCCGCCUGAAGAACAAGCUUCGUGCUGGAGAACGCAUGGAUCCGGCGUUGACCGAUGGCUUGGGAUACUUGCCACGAUCUGGACCAUAUAAAGAACAUAUCAAAACGCUCGUUGACGAAAAAGAUGUCCAGGCUUGUGCUGCAUUUGCUGCUCUUUUGCAGAAGGAGACCAAAUUGACCACUGGCCUGAGACGUCGCACGAAUGAAGACAACGGGCGUGGAUAUCGAAGAGAUAUUCACCAGGUGGACCGUAUUCGCCUGCAAUACGGACUGCCGGUCUGGCAUGCUGAAGCUCAUGACCCCAAAUGUCGAAUUCAGUUUGCGCUUAGGUACUUGUUGGGUGUUGGAAAGACGGAUGGGGAAAGCACCGAGCGUUUGUGGAGCCUACUCAAUCCCGCAAGUUGGUCGACAAAGGAAAUGGGAGAAGGCGCCCGUCAUGAUGUCCUGGAGGACAAGAUCGACCUGAUUAAUUUUGAGAAAAACAGGAGCAUGGGUCAGUUAAGACGUUUGAUUGUCGCUGUAGCAGAGCGUCAAAGGCAGGGCAUUGAAUUCCAGGAGCUGGACGACAGCGUUCCUAAAAAAAAACGACGUGAAUGGGCCAAGAUGAUGGAUGCCUGGUAUAAGGAUAACACCCAGACGAAUCCAUUUGAAGUCCAGGGUGGGAAGCUCGCCGGGCCUAGUGAACGCGAAAUAAGUGAAGAGUUGAAACGAGCUGAGGUGGAAGAUGCACGAGCCGGAAUCAAACCUUUGCUGGAAGGUAAAAUGACCAUAACAGCGUUCAUCAGAGCGGGUAUGCAGCUUCAGGCCAUCCAGCGUCGUAUACGGACUGCUCUGAAGGCAAAAAAGUCAGCAGAUCAAGCGAGCCAGAUACAAGAAUUACGUCUAUCUCUGAUCAAACAAAUGCGCACCUUCGAAAAACUUCAACUAACUUACAUGCCUGGGGUUCAGGGUCUUCGCGACGCAGCGGUAUAA